AAGCUAGCAUCACUAGUUCGUCGCAGUUCGCCUUGGUUUGUUCGGUUUCGGAGAAAAAAUUAAAUUCUAUUUUAUUUUGUUGAGUUUGUUCAAUUAUUGAAAGUACAAUUGCUUGCGGUUUCGUUACAAGUUUCAUAUGUAAACCCGGCUCGUAUAGCAAUACCCAAAAUCCAUAACUUAAGUUCGUAUGCGGCUUCGCUUUGCCGUUCCGUCUUUUUCGUGUGUUUUUUUUUGUUGUUUUCCUUACAACUUGCGGUCCGUUUGCGUGUGUGUGUGUGAUUGUUCAAACUAUGUGUGUACUUUAAUGCCUGUGUAAAGUAACGAAGGAGCCUUACAAAUAACAUGUGUUCUUGUUUGCUGAAUUUGUUGCUGUUUAAGAAGAGUACACACGAUACACGACGUACCUAAGUUCCAGCGAAAGAAAAGAAAAAGUAGAAGAAGAAAUAGAAGGAGUCAAGUAUACACUCGAGUAUCCAUCCAAAGUCUUAGCCAUAACGUGAACGAGACACGUCCAAUAAGUCAAAGUCUUGCCAUUGUUUAUCGAAUAAACAAACAUAACUGCCAGCCACGAGGAGCCUUACAGCAGAAAGGAGCGGACACCCACACACACAUACACCUACACACACACCUACACACACACACGUUUAGCAAUUAAUUGGGGGCAGUAUGGAACGGGGCCAUGUUUGAACGCUUUCGCCUGAGCAACCUGAGCAGAAACUAUCGACAACGCGGCGCAUCCACAGAACUGGCGCGCGACAAGAAACAACAGCGGCAGCAAUGCGUCACCGUACUCUUCCUAGAUGACAUCACGCACACCUUUCGGAUCGACAAACGUGCGAAAGGCUCUGAGCUAUUGGAUCAGGUCUUUCACUAUCUCGAGCUAUCCGAAAGGGACUACUUUGGUCUAUUGUUUCCACAGAAGCCCGGUGAUGUUGUGAGAUGGGUGGACGCACAGAAGCAAUUCAAGAAGCAAUGCAGCAGCCUCUCGCUCGACAACGAUGCCGUUCCAUUAUUAGAGUUUAGGGUUAAGUUCUUUGUAAGCGAUCCCAGUCGGCUGCAGGAGGAGUUCACACGCUACCAGUUUUAUCUGCAGAUCAAGCGCAACAUUUUGCUGGGCCAACUGCCGUGCUCCAGCAACACCCAGUGCCUGCUUGCCAGCUACACGGUGCAGUCUGAGCUGGGCGACUUCAAUGCGGCGGAACAUCAGACGGGCUACUUGAGCGGCCUGCAGCUGCUGGCGGAGCAAACGCCGGAGGCGGAGCGUAAAAUCUGUGAGCUGCACAAGCUGCAUCGCGGCCAGCUGCCAGCGGAUGCGGAAUACAAUUAUCUGGAGCAUGGCAAGCGUCUAGAGCUGUAUGGCAUUGAUCUGCACAAGGCCACCGAUUCCAAUGGCAAGGAUCUGCAGCUGGGCGUCUCCGCGGUGGGUCUGCUGGUCUUUCAGCAUGCGCUGCGCAUCAACACCUUCUCGUGGAGCAAAAUGGUGAAGGUGUCCUUCAAGCGCAAGGACUUCUUUAUACAGCUGCGCCGCGAGCCCAGCGAGAGCUACGACACGCUGCUCGGCUUCGGCAUGACCAGUCACAAGCACGCAAAGGCUCUCUGGAAGUCCUGCGUCGAGCAUCACAGCUUCUUCCGCCUGAAGCGUCCGCAUCGCCUGUCGCGCUUCCUUAACAUCAGCCUGGGCAGCAAGUUCUACUAUUCGGGCCGCACCGAGCUGCAGGCCGUUCAGGAGUCCAAGCAGCGCGGUCGCAUACACAAGGUCUUCGUACGCUCGCCCAGCAAGCGGCUCUUAGCUGGCGGAGCAACUGGUGUCGGCGGCGGCAGCUCCGCUGAUGGCACGCCCCAGCUGCUGCAUAAUGGCACGGGCAGCGGCUCUGAUAGCGCCGCCUCACACAACGGCAAGCCGUCCGCAUCCACCAUACUGACCAUCACGAAAACGAGCCGUCCACAUGACACGUCCAAGGUUACGUCCAAGCAGGCGGACGCCAUGCCGCGGAAGGCCUGGGAACAGCACAGCGAUGAGUACGAUAUACAGCUCGAUGUUGGCUUCAUUGAGCAAUGCACGCGUCGCUUUGAGUCGGGCACGCCCUCGCCCAUGCCGCCUGCCUACAGCUCCGGGCAGCACAGUCCCCUGCUACUGCCCACAACCAUAGCGGAUGCAGUGGGCCAACCGGAGAGCGGCAGCGACUUGAUCACCAUGCGCCUGCUGGCCGAUGAGCAGGGCCGCUACGGAUUCAAUGUGAAGGGCGGCGUGGAUCUCAGCCUGCCCGUGCAGGUGUCCAAGGUGGUGCCGCACACGCCCGCCGAUCGCUGCACGCCGCGUGUCUGCGAGGGCGACGAGGUGCUCAUGAUCAACGGACGCGAUGUGCACGGCCUGCGGCACGAGCAGGUGGUGGCCAUGAUACGCGACUGCCGGCACCAGUCGAGCGGCGAGCUGCUGCUGACGGUGCGUCCCAAGCGUUCGGCGCCGCUGCUGCUGGAGGAGGAGCCGCUGUACCAGUAUGUGCCUGAGUCCGACGAGAUUGGCUCGCACUCGAAUCUGCUCGACGGCGAUGCGCUUUUCACCCAGAGCCUGCUGCUGCUCAGCGAUGGUCUCGCCUCUGGCGCUCUGCUCGCCCAGUACGAGCUCAUGUAUCGCAAGAAUCCCGAUCUGGCAAUUACGGAAGCGCGUAAGGCCGCAAAUGCGCCCAAGAAUCGCUAUCGUGACAUUUCACCCUAUGACUGCACGCGCGUCUCGUUGGUCAACUCCUUGACCGGGGACUAUAUCAAUGCCAACUAUGUGAACAUGGAGAUACCCGGCGGCGGCGUUAAUCGGUAUAUUGCCACACAGGGCCCGCUGGCCAGCACCACAACGGACUUUUGGCGCAUGGUGCAGCAGGAGAGCAGCCACUUGCUGGUCAUGCUGACCACCGUGAUGGAGGCGGGUCGUCAGAAGUGCCACCAGUACUGGCCCGUGACGGGCGAUGAACUGCAGCUGGGCGAUGGAUUUUCGGUGCGUUGCCUUAGCGAGAAACCAGACGAGACGGGCAGCUUUGUCUUCCGUGAGUUUGUGCUGCGAGAUAAGCACGAGCAGCGGCACAUUCAUCAUAUGCAAUAUCUCGCCUGGCCCGAUCACUGUGUGCCCUCCGAUCCCAAUCUAUUUCUGGAGUUUACGGAACGCGUUCGCGCCGCACGUAAUCGCACACUGCUCCAGGAGAUCGAGGAGAGCCUGAAGCAGGUGCGCCUGCUCGACGCCGAUGCCGAUGACAACGGCGGCCUGAUGAGCGAACGCAAGUGCGCGGCCAGCAACGGCGCCACGCCCGAGGACGAAACGCCCGUGUCCACCAGCGUGCAUCAAUGCAUCAGCGCCGCCAAUCCGCCCGUGAUUGUGCACUGUUCGGCGGGCAUUGGACGCACCGGCGUGCUCAUACUAAUGGACACGGCUCUGGCACUGAUGGAGGCGCGCGAGCCCGUCUAUCCGCUGGACAUUGUGCGCACCAUGCGCGAUCAACGCGCAUGCAUGGUACAGAAUGUGAGUCAAUAUCGCUUUGUAUGUGAAUGCAUUUGCGCGGCCUACAUGAAGAUAUCUCGCAGCAGCGCGGCCAUCAACGAUGAUGACGACUAGAGCCGGCCAGCUGCCCUUUCCAAGUUCUACUAGCGGACAAUCUAAAUACAAAUCUUCCUCCCUAUAUCCCGUCUUGCAAGACGCUUAUGAUACUUCUCAAUCUUUACUAUAUGCAUAUAUCUUUACUAUACACUUAUGGAAUCAAUCUUAUUGUUAGAGUAACCCGUAGACAUACAUACAUACAUGCGCAUAAGUAUCUAUGCUCUAUAUCAUUACGUUUAUUAUUAUCAUUAUUGUCUCUAUAUAAUUAUAUAUAUAGUGUGUGUGUGUGUGUAUGUAUGUAUCAUUUUUGUAGUGCAUAAUCGACUCUGUAUAUCGCAUAAAUAUGGGCAAUAAUCCACGCAAGUGCUGCUGAAAAUCUCGCAAAAAACCCAAUUCUAAAUUUUACAAAAAAGAAAAAAAAAGCAAGAAAAAAAAGGCAAAAAAAAAACAACACAAAAUGAGAACAAAACUACCUAAUUCAAGUAUACAAAAGAAAAGCGUUAAGCGAA